AUGGCUUUGUUAAAUGAAUCAACAAUGGAUAAAUGUUACAAAACAACGCUGGUGGUGCUAGUUGGAAUAACAAGCUGUUAUGCCUUGCUUGAUGUAUCCGGAAUUGAUCCGAAAUUUAGUGCACCGAUUGCGAACGUAACCGUACCGGUGGGACGCGAAGGAGUGAUGACGUGUACGGUGCAUGAUUUGUACAAAUACAAGGUCGCCUGGUUGCGAGUGGAUACGCAGACGAUUUUAACAAUCGAAACACUCGUGAUAACGAAGAGCGAGCGGAUAGCGAUUACACACACCGAACAGCGGAUCUGGCAGCUCCGGAUCAAAGACAUCCGCGAGUCGGACAAGGGUUGGUACAUGUGCCAGAUCAAUACGGACCCGAUGAAGAGCCAGAUGGGGUACUUGAAUGUUGUCGUUCCACCCGACAUUUUGGACUAUCCCACCAGCCAGGACAUGGUGGUGCUGGAGGGCACAAACGUAACACUUACCUGCGCCGCAACGGGCGUCCCCGAGCCGACGGUCACCUGGAAGCGAGAAGGGGAGAAAUCUGUCACAUCCGUAGAGAAUUCCGGAAUAACGAGCCACGAUGGAGCGAUGCUGCACAUCUACCAAAUCGAGCGGCACAACGCCGGUUCCUAUCACUGUAUCGCAUCAAACGGUGUGCCACCGACGGUCAGCAAACGAAUUAUCGUAACAGUUAACUUCCAACCGAUUAUACGAAUACCGACGCGCCAGUACUACGCCGAGCUGGGCGGCCGGGUCAUUCUCGAGUGCCACAGCGAAGCCCAACCCAACUCCAUCAACUACUGGAUGAAGGGCAAGGGCGAAAUCAUACUGCAGGGUGGCACGUACGACUCCACGCUCGAGGAUCACGUCUUCAAGGUGACGAUGAAAAUCACCAUACGGCUGGAGAAGGUGUCUGACUUCGGUGUGUACAAAUGUGUGGCCAAAAAUUCCCUUGGCACAACGGAGGAGUCGGUGAAAGUGUACCGCAAGACCUCUAAAACGAACAAACAAGUGGAAAAUCAGGUCAUUCAGCAAUCGAACUAUCUCGGAUCGACAACAUUCAUCAAGAACUACACCGAUAAUAAAAUCAACGAUAUCCUUCUAACCGCAUCGGCUGCUUCAUCCAGUGGCGCUAGCGCUUCCGUCGGCUGGCUAGCAUUGGUUCUCGCUACUGUCACAGUGAGGAUUUUAUGA